AUGGACUUCAAUCUGAAGAAAUGGAGAGACCAGCACGAGUCAGAAGAAGAAAAACAACAAACACCUUCUGCAAAACUACCAAGACUUCUCCUUGACUCUCAUCCACAGCAACCACCUGGUCCUGCACUCCCGUUGUUCGUACCUAAUCCCACCAGCAACCUGUCAGCCUACUCUUCUGAUUCAACUAUACCCUCUGCCAACAAAGCUCCCUGGAUGGGGAGUUACUUCAGCUUGGCCCAGUGGCAAGAACUUGAACUGCAGGCAUUGAUCUUCAAACAUAUGAUAGCUGGUGCUGCUGUUCCAUCUGAACUACUCCAUCUUGUUAAGAAAAGCUUUAUAAAUUCUCCUUCUCCUUCUCCAUAUUACCUCUCUCACCACCCUCUUCAUCCCUACUAUCCCCAUUAUCAGCCAGUGCUGCAAUCUGGAUACUGGGGAAAAGGGGCCAUGGAUCCGGAGCCAGGCAGAUGCCGGAGGACUGACGGCAAGAAGUGGCGGUGCUCGAGGGAUGUAGUUGCCGGGCAGAAGUACUGCGAGCGUCAUGUUCACCGCGGCCGCAACCGUUCAAGAAAGCCUGUGGAAAUCCCCACGCCCACCUCUACUCCUUAUGGCGGCAAAGCCGGCAGCAAUGGUAUUGGAGAAAUCCUUAAGACGACCAACGCCGUCGCUAGGGAAGCAACAGGUGGUGGCCGUGGCGGUGUCACCAUGCCUUUUUCUCUUUCCGGGCCUUCACCUUCCAUGGAUCUUCUUCACUUUAAUCAAAGUAGGCCUUCAGAAUCUAUGAUUGAGACAAAGGGUCCCCAAAACAACGGCGAACCUAGUGGUCGAACCCUUCGCCAUUUCUUUGAUGAUUGGCCUAGAUCACUUCAAGAAACAGACAAUGCAACCAGCUCCAUGGCUUCAGCCACCAACUUGUCCAUUUCGAUGGGGACUGGAAACCCAUCAUCAGAUUUCUCAUUGAAACUCAGUACUGGAGACGACGUAGAUGACUCUCAGCGUCGAGUUAUUAACGGCGAGAGAGAGAGGCUUCAAUUGAAUUGGGGUGCACCAUGGGGGACUAAUCAGGUGGCUCCAAUGGGCGGACCCCUUGCUGAGGCGUUAAGAUCGUCAACAUCCAAUUCGUCACCGACAAGCGUCUUGCAUCAGUUGCCACGUGGUUCGGGUUCAGAGGCUAGCUAUGUUGGCACCUGA